CUCUCUCUCCCUUUAUCUUCCCCCCCCCCCUGCUGGUGUGUACGUGUGUGAGCACUGCCAGGGCUGGCGAAGAACCAGCCGCCGCCUUUAGUGCGAGCCGCCCGGCCACCAAACACUAGCGCAGGUCUCGCUGCUAGAGAAGGCUGGGCUCCGAACCAGCCUGCACGCGGCUCAGUGUGCUCCGCCGCCUGGGAACUCUCUCACCCGAGGAGCGCAGGGGGCAAGGAGCCCCUCACCCUCCCUCUCGUCCGCCCGCCCGCUUGCCCAGUUGCGGACCGCGCGCUUGCUCGUCUCAGGCGCUGGAUUUACUCGCUUUUCAAUUUUUCAUACUCUCCCUCACGUUUUCUUUUUUUUUUUUUUUUUUGGUCCCCCACUCUCCGCCACGACCCCCUUUCCCCGCUUGAUUGUUAAGCCUAACCUUGCCCGCGUGGUCAUGGGAUGUCUAAUUUUAUUUGUAUCUAGGCUGCUGAGAGCGCUCCUUGCUCUGUAAAGUGGAUGUCAGGUGGAUCUAUGUUUUUGAAGGAACAAAGACUCAAAGAAGGCACCGCCAAGGAAGUUUGAGACGCGGGAGAAUGCAGGCUGCGUGCUGGUACGUGCUUCUCCUCCUGCAGCCCACCGUCUACUUGGUCACAUGUGCCAAUUUAACGAACGGUGGAAAGUCAGAACUUCUGAAAUCAGGAAGCAGCAAAUCCACACUAAAGCACAUAUGGACAGAAAGCAGCAAAGACUUGUCUAUCAGCCGACUCCUGUCACAGACUUUUCGUGGCAAAGAGAAUGAUACAGAUUUGGAUCUGAGAUAUGACACCCCAGAACCUUAUUCUGAGCAAGACCUCUGGGACUGGCUGAGGAACUCCACAGACCUUCAAGAGCCUCGGCCCAGGGCCAAGAGAAGGCCCAUUGUUAAAACGGGCAAGUUUAAGAAAAUGUUUGGAUGGGGCGAUUUUCAUUCCAACAUCAAAACAGUGAAGCUGAACCUGUUGAUAACUGGGAAAAUUGUAGAUCAUGGCAAUGGGACAUUUAGUGUUUAUUUCAGGCAUAAUUCAACUGGUCAAGGGAAUGUAUCUGUCAGCUUGGUACCCCCUACAAAAAUCGUGGAAUUUGACUUGGCACAACAAACCGUGAUUGAUGCCAAAGAUUCCAAGUCUUUUAAUUGUCGCAUUGAAUAUGAAAAGGUUGACAAGGCUACCAAGAACACACUCUGCAACUAUGACCCUUCAAAAACCUGUUACCAGGAGCAGACCCAAAGUCAUGUAUCCUGGCUCUGCUCCAAGCCCUUUAAGGUGAUCUGUAUUUACAUUUCCUUUUAUAGUACAGAUUAUAAACUGGUACAGAAAGUGUGCCCUGACUACAACUACCACAGUGACACACCUUACUUUCCCUCGGGAUGAAGGUGAACAUAGGGGUGAGACUGAAGCCUGAGGAAUUAAAGGUCAUAUGACAGGGCUGUUACCUCAAAGAAGAAGGUCACAUCUGUUGCCUGGAAUGUGUCUACACUGCUGCUCUUGUCAACUGGCUGCAAAUACACUAGUGGAAAACAAUCUGAUGUAAUUUCUACCCAGUCAGCUUCAUCCCUCAGUAUAAUUGUAAAUCAUCACAGGUUUUGAAGUCACACCUGAAGACAUGCUCUCACAUAUAGAGGUACACAAACACACUGUCAUGCACAUUUCAGCUUGCAUCUAUCAUGAUUCCUGUUGAGAGGGCUUUCAUUGUCUGACUCAUAAAGGUUCAGGAUCAACUAUCAUCAAACGGAAGGAUUAACUAGACAGAGAAUGUUUCUAACAGUUGCUGUUAUGGAAAUCUCUUUUAAAGUCUUGAGUACAUGCUAAUCAAUAAUCCCCACUCAUGCAUUCCUACUGCUUGGAGUAGCUGUACUGGUAAAUACUACUGUAGGAAUAUCUGCUUGUUAAAAUGGAAAAAUGUGUCUUUAGAGCUCAGUAUUCUUUAUUUUACAAACACAACAAAAUGUAGUAACUUUUUUCCAGCAUACAUGUAGGCACAUUCAAGGUGGUCCAAGAUGGCUCUUUUUUCUAUAAAAGGGGCCUGUUCUCAGUAAAGAUGAGCAAACAUUUGGAAUUUACAUGUGGGCAGACAUUGGGAUAACAACUUGCAUCACCAAUCAUUGGACUUUAGUGAAGUUGAGACCAGCUAAGGCUGCUUAAAAUAAGUUCUGAUCAUUAUAUAAGAAGGGAAAUUCCUGGCAGACACCAUGUAAGUUGUAAGUGUCUGUCUUAUCUUUACUACACAUAUUGUAACAAAUUCAGUAUCCUAGUCUUCAUUUGUAUGAAUGGUUUGUAUUGUACAUAGUUUAACCAAGUGUUAUUUGAGCUGCUUAUUAAUAUUAACUUGUACUUGUCUCUCUGCUUGUUAUUGGUUAAGAAAAAAGGAUAUGAGGAAUUCAUUUUAUCAAUGUAGCUGUGAACACCAUUAAAAAGACAAACUUAAUGUACAGAGCAUUUAUUCAGAUCAAGUAUUGUUGAAAGCUAUACAUAUACAACAUUACAGUCUGUCUGUAUUUAGAUAUUUUAUUUCUGGAAAAAAUGAAAUUGUACAUAAAAAUAAAACACUUAAAGUUGAGUUUCAA